UCCCCAUCUCGCCCUCGCGUCGUCCUCUCUUAAAUCUCGCUCACCAUGGGUAUCUCCAGAGAUAGCUGGCACAAAAGGCGGGCCACCGGUGGAAAGAAAAAGCCCCUUACAAAAAAGAGGAAGCACUGUCUUGGACGUCCACCAGCAAACACCAAACUUGGUGUUAAAAGAAUCCACAAGGUUAGAGUCCGUGGUGGCAAUCUUAAAUACCGUGCUCUAAGGCUUGACAUUGGAAACUUCUCUUGGGGCUCAGAAGGACUCUCAAGAAAGUCAAGGAUAUUGGAUGUUGUAUACAAUGCAAGCAACAAUGAGUUGGUGAGGACAAAGACCCUCGUAAAAAAUGCAAUUAUCCAAGUGGACUCAACCCCCUUCAAGCAAUGGUACGAAAAUCAUUAUGGUCUUCCACUUGGAAGAAAGAAGGGACAAAAGUUGCCUGAAGGAGAGGAAGAUGUGCUGACAAAGAAGAGGUCAAACCAUGCCCAGAGAAAGGUUGAUUCUAGAAAAGCACAAGGAAAACUUGAGCAGCAUAUUGAAGAACAAUUCAACACUGGAAGAAUUUAUGCCUGCAUUGCAUCUCGACCUGGGCAGUCUGGUAGAUGUGAUGGCUACAUACUUGAGGGGAAAGAAUUAGACUUUUACUUGAAAAAGAUAAGAGCUAAGAAAGGAAAGUAAAGCAAUUGUAAAAUUAAGAUGGAAUGAAAAUAUACUUCAUUA